AUGGAAAUUGCAGGAGGCAAAAUGAGAAGGUUUUUGGUUUUGUUUGCCCAAUUGGUCCGUUCAUCUUUAGCCGGAGAACAACUUCAACACUAUGAGCCUCAGCCUCCGAUCAAGCAAUGGCUAACCUUAAGUGGUGAAGCACCACUAGUAAUAGCUGGAGGUGGAUUCUCAGGGCUUUUCCCUGAAUCUAGCAGAUAUGCAAACGACGCCGUCACUCAAUCAAAAACCAGGGCUGCUUUAUCCUGCAAUCUUCAGCUGACAAAAGACGGCAUCGGCAUAUGUUCAUCUGAUAUCAGGCUCGACAAUUCCACAAACAUAAUAAAAGUUUUCCCAAACCAUUCCAACACGUACAACGUUAAUGGAAACCAACUCAGUGGUUGGUUUGCUCUGGAUUUCACUUCUGAUGUAAUAUUAAAACAUGUAUCAUUGGUGCAGAGUGUAUCGACUCGGACGAAUGUGUUCGAUGGUCGACUUCAGGUUUCUACUGUCGAGGAUGCUGUCGGAGUUGAACCUACAGUGUUUUGGUUGAAUGUUCAGUAUGAUGUGUUCUACGCAGAACAUAAUCUCAGUGUAUUGAUGUAUCUCGAAAAGGCUAAAGGACUUAUGGACAUAGAUUUCGUUUCGUCUCCCGAGCUCGGUUUCUUGAAGAGAAUGAAUGGAAAGGUUACAAAAGCCAGAACUAAGCUCAUUUUCGAGUUCCUUGAUCCCGACGUAGUUGAACCGACAACCGGGCAAAAGUACGGAUCAAUCUUAAACGAUCUUUUGGGCAUCAAGCCGUUUGUAUCCGGAAUUCUCGUCCCAAAAGAGUACAUAUGGCCUGUUGAUGCAAACAAGUACUUGGGACAUCCUACAACACUUGUGGCUGAUGCUCACAAGCUUGGCCUAGAAGUAUAUGCUUCUGGUUUUGCCAAUGAUAUGCCAGGAAGUUACAAUUAUAGCUAUGAUCCUACAACCGAGUACUUACAGUUCAUUGAUAAUCCUGAGUUUUCCGUCGAUGGACUGCUUACGGAUUUCUCCCCUACAGCAUCGACCGCCAUUGCAUGCUUUGCAAGUGAUGAAACCACGAAACCGAAGAAAGGGAAGGCAUUGAUUAUAACUCACAAUGGAGCUAGUGGGCUGUAUCCUGGUUGCACCGAUCUUGCUUACGAGCAAGCGGUGAACGAUGGAGCCGACAUAAUAGAUUGCUCGGUCCAAAUGUCGAAAGACGGAGUAGCUUUCUGUUUAGAUUCAGCUGAUCUAACGGGGCAUACUAGUGCGAGUGUGAUGCCGGCCUUCAUGUCUCGGUCUUCCUCGGUUCCUGAAGUUCAAAAGGACAUGGGGAUUUUUUCAUUCGAUCUUACAUGGGGCGAGAUCCGGACCCUGAAGCCUCAAAUGGAAAGCCCUUUUCAACAAACAGCAGGUCUACAGAGGAACCCUGAAGCUAAAAACAAGGGUAAAUUCAUGACACUGGUUGAGUUCUUGGAUUUUGCCAAGGCAAAUGCAGUUUCUGGAAUUAUGAUCAACAUACAAAAUGCUGCUUACCUAGCAUCGAAAAAGGGUCUCGACAUGGUACGUUUGAUCACCGAGGCCUUGAGUAAUGCGACCUUUGACGAACAACGAACACAGAAAGUUUUGAUCCAAUCGGACGACAGCUCAGUGCUCUCCAUGUUUCGAGGUUUCCUGGCUUACGAAAGAUUGUUACAUAUCACGAAACCGAUAGGCGAUGUUCCGGAAUCGACUGUAAAUGAAAUCAAGAAGUUAGCUGAUGGACUUGUUGUCGCGAGAGCUUCUCUGAUUUCGAUCGAAAAUGGCUUUACCGUGGCGCGAACAAAAGUUAUCGACGAAGUGCAUGCUUCAAAGAUCUCAGUUUAUGUCUAUGUUUUGAGAAACGAAUUUGUAGCACUUCCUUUUGAUUUCUUUGCAGAUCCAACGAGGGAGCUUGCUACUUAUGUUGCAGCACUGGAAGUUGAUGGGGUCAUCACAGAGUUCCCUGCUGAACCAGGUGCACUGCUAAAGCAAGCUGCUUCCAGGGCAUCGGCACCAGCGAAUCCUCCAAACCCGUCGCUUGAGGUUGCUGAUGUUGUUGACCCUCCACUACCGGCAGUCAUAUCAGCUUCACAGGGUUCCUCGAGUGGCAUGGCAAUUACUGCCAACUUUUGUCUUUGCCUAGCAGUAAUUAUGGCUUCCGAUUUCUUGUCCUUUUUCAUUAAAUUAUAAUUUCAA